UAAAGUUAUGUGUUUAUAUGAUAGAUUGUCGUUUUAUGCGUUUGAUGAAAAUGUAAACCUAAUUUAUGGGAUGUCUGUUUGACACAAGAGGUGGUUCGCACACGCACAGGUGUGGAAUUUACCUCACCUGAGCCAGGCCGGGUUGGCGAGAUGAGUAUGACGUCAUGUGAUCUCGGUAAGCGCGAGAUGGGGGAUGGGAGCCCAAAACAAGAUGGCGGUACUCGAUCGAGUCGGCGACCUUCGCGACUGACAAAAUUACAUUAUCUAGCCGUGUUAAGUUGCGUCACUGACGAAGAAAUGCUGACAAUGAACAUAACUAUGUUCUGAGAACCUACUAGUUUUUUGGCGUAAGUUAGAGUCAGUGCAAUGGCAGAAAACGGGGGAGAAUCCGCCCUUGUAGGCGCCCGUGAAACAGCAGUGGCUAGCGGCGAUGCGGAGAAGGGAUCGCCCCGGGAAGAGGAGGAGGAAAACCGCUCGAAGGUUGUGGACGAAAAUCUGGGAGGUGGUCAAACACAGUCAACCUCGGCUAAACAUGGAGAAGACUUGGAACAGAUAGUGGUGGAUGGCACAGAAGGGGAAGGAGUAAGCGCGAGUGAGGCAGGCGGGGGCGUUAGCGGGGAUAAUAACGGUACACAGGGAGAGGAAGAUGGCCCCAGGGAUGACGGGCCGCGGGACCGUGUUAUGGGCGAUGAUGAGCCAACACAAGCUAUCAGUACUGCCGCGGAGGGCGAACAGACGGGAGCUGAGAUGCAUCAGGAACAAGGUGAAACGUUGGUAGUAAAGGAUACAGAAGCAAUGGAGGGCAUACAGGAAGGGCAGGUGGGUGCUGCAACAGAGGCGAUGGAGGCUACACCUGCCAAGGAUGAGGAUAGCACAGCAGUGAAGACCAUUGGUGUGACAGGGUUGGUUAGUGGGGAGGGGGGCCUGACAGAUGGGGAGGGGGGUGCUUCAGCAGCUGUAGAAGGUGCAGCUGAUGCGCAGAGGCAGACUGGUUCGCAGUCCGUCCCCACUACCCCGUCCUCCCCACCAGUGGCGGAGCAGUUCGCCAGGAGUCCGUCCAUGCAGACCACAAGAAAUCAGGACUCACAGGAUGAGAAAGUCGCACAGAACCCUCAGAAAACGCAGAAGAGCAAUACCGAGACAACUCCCCCACUACAGGCUAAAGCCAGUGUGGAAAAAGCCACAAGCACCAUUACAGAAGAGCAGGCAACAUGCAGUGCAGGAACCCCAACUGAAGAACCUGGUCUGCCAGAGGGGAGUGCCGGAGAACAACCAGCCAUUCCAACAGUCUCUGUCACCCCUCACACACCAGUGUCUCCGGCCAAGGAUGACUGGGUCUUGUCUGAGUCACAACAGCCUGAACAGGCUCCUGCUUCUCCAAGCACUGCCACAUCCACAGAUCCUUCAAGUAGUGUUGAUGUGGAGGCCAUGUCUGAUUCCAGUAGCUUUCUUGCAUCUGGAGACACACAGAGUGAGACAGCAACCCACAGUGACGCAAUGUCUUCUGUCAGCAGUGUUCCAGAGUCCCAGGACAGUAGCCAUGGCAAUGGCUCAGAAGCUGAGGGUUUUUCAGAGACUGGAUGGGUGCCAUUUGUUGAUGAUACCAAGGAGACAAUAAAGAGACAGGCACCGACAUCAGCUACAGACAAGACAACAGCAAGGUCAGACAGCACCUCAAGUCAGCCAUCUGGCUGGAUUGGCUUUGAGGAGGGAGACACAGCUUUUCUAGAAGCCUUGGAAGCAGACUGUAAGAAAGAUGAGCCAUCAAAGCAGUCCAGUAAGAAACCCAUUUUGACAGAACCCCUAAUUCCACCACCACAAGGGUCCGAGUUUGACUUUCUCAUGAAAAAAGGAGAAAAGGCAAAGAGUCCUGAUACCCUGGACUUCCUCAUGAUGCAGUCAGGCCUUACACCUACCCAGCCAUCACCAACAAAUCCCUUCCUUGCAGAUAUUGCUGCACAGCAACAGGAAAUGUCUCCAACAAACCCAUUUGGGACACAAGAAGGAGCUAAAAAAGAUGCUUUUGAUCCAUUUGGCACACAGCAGCAAUCUAAGGCUGUAGAUCCAUUUGAGGCUGAAUUGGAAAGAGAUUCUCUUGAAGCAGAGCCUGUGGCAAUGCCAGAUGACCCUUUUGCCCCAAAGAAUGGAGACACAGCAGUAACAGAGUCUUCCAAAUCAAAGGAUGGUGUUAACGAUUUAUUUGCUUUGUGUUCAUCCAAACCUGCGCAAGCUCUCAACUUGUUUGGCUCUUCAUCCCUGGAUGCUGCAGAGCCUGCAAAAGACCCAUUUUUGUCUCCAAAACCCACAGAACCCGAGGUAGACUUGUUCAAUAUCCAGUCUCCCACAGCACCAGGAGUUGCACCCCCAACCUUCCUUCCCAUAGGCAUCAUGCAGUCAGAGGCAGUUGAGCCAGAGAAAGAGUCUCCUCACUUCUCCCCACCCCCUGACUCCCUACCCACCCCCAUUGCGCCAGCUCCUGCCUCAAUUCCCUCACCAACUGAAGCUGUUAUAGCACCAGUGGCUUCUACACCACCACAAUCCAGUUCACAAACAUCACCCCCUCAACCACAGCCACCAGUAAUAACCAAGCCAUCUACUCCAAAAGAAAAAGCUCCUCCGACUAAACCCUCCCAACCAACCAAACCCCCUGCCCAGCCUAGCCCAGCCUUUGAUGCAAUAGAAGCAGCAAAGCUGUUGGGGCUUCCUGGUGUUCCUGUAACAUCUGCUGUCAAAAAACGAGUACCACUGAACCAGCUUGCUCAGGCAAAGGUUGUCACCAAAAGCCCAGUCCAAGAAACUGCAAAGAGCCCAGUAGAGGAAGCAACUGGGACAACACCUCCAGAGAUUAAGUCUACCCAUGUUGAAGAGCCAGAUCCAUUUGCUGCUCAGCCAGCUGACAUGUUUGAGGAUGCUUUUGUUCCAGAUGAGUUGAAAGGAGUACAGAAAACUGCCCCAACAAAAAGUGCAUCUGCUAAUUUUGAAGAUGCAUUUGUUCCAGGCGAUCUUAUGGACACUGAUGAAGCGGGUCCAACAAAAAGUUUCUCUGCUAAUUUUGAGGAUGCCUUUGUUGUACAGGAGUGGCCAGAGCCUGAGCAACCAGCAAGCCAGAAGAGUCCAACCACUCACUUUGAGGAUUCUUUUGUACCAAUGACAGAAGAAAGACCAGCACCAGAAACGGUAAAGAAGACCACUUCAGCGACAGAUUUUGAUCUGUUCAGUGACACAGAGACAGCAGCUGAACCCUUGUCAAUGCCAGCUGAUCCAUUUGCAUCAACAGGAGGUGAGGUCAAAACACCAGAGUUGUUUACUAGUGCAGCUAAAGCUGCAACGCCACCAGCAGCCAUGACCAUUGACUUCUUUGGCUCUGUUGCAGAGGAUCUGCCUCCACCAGACUUGUUGGGAGGAUCACCUGAGGCUGAACUGAAACCAGCCAUGAUACCAACUAAUGCUUUUGUACCUAAGCCUGCCGAAGCCACAAAGCAAGAGAUCAUGGAAGGACAAGCUGCAGCUCAGCCUGAGACCAUGGCCAUUGACCUACUUUCCUCACCAUCACAGCCAGAGGCACCCGCAAGCAAUGCUGCCGCACCUGCCAUGCAGUCAGCUGGAGAAGGCGAUGACUUCUUUGCACCUUCGCCACCGGCUGCAGCAGCAGCUGAUGACAUGUUUGCAUCCCCUGGAGAACCUGCAGCAAUGCCCGAUGAUCCAUUUGCUUCAAAGCCCGGUGACGAGGCUACCACCCCAGAUCUGUUUGCUGGAGCAGCAGGUGCUGCAGCAAUGUCUCCAAGCAUUCCAUCUCCCCCUACUGCCAUCUCACCGUCCAGACAAAGUCUGAAGUUAGAGGAACUAGAUCCAUUUGCCCCACAGAAAAGUGCCUCAAAAACAGGCAGCCCUGUCAGUAGUCCCCCAAAGAAGACAGAAGUAGUUGCACCUCUCGCUUCUCCAGAGGAAGAGCUCAACUUGUCCCCAGUGGAGCACAUCUCGGUGGCCGACAUCAAACCUACAGCACAAAGUCCAGUGGAAGAUGCUGGCUUAGCCAUGGGACCUCCCUUGACUACCAUCGAUCCCUUUUCCCCAAAGGCAGCUGUUGGCUCCCCAGCCACCCCUCCAAGACAAACCAAAGUGAAAUACAAUCCUUUCAAAGCAGAAACUCCAACCACCCCACCUGAUGAGGAGGCCUCCCCUUUCCCAACUGUUAAACUUCCAAUCAGUGUUGUACAGCCCUUUCCUGCCAGUCCAGACAGCUCACCAUUGGAUGAAAGCUUUCCUCCAAAAUGUGAGGAGGACGGCUGGUACCUCAUGCUGCGUGUUCCAGAGAAGAAAAAGUUCAUCGGCCAGAAGAGAUACUGGACUCCAACGUACACAAGACUUGUGGAUGGUAACAUGUUGAAGUUAUACUAUGAGAAAAAUAACACUGAACCAUUCAAAGAAGUACAGCUGCACUCCACUUUCAGUGUAAGCGAGCCCACUCUACAAGCAUACAAUGAGAAGGGCCGGAUACAUACAGUCAAGAUAGAAUAUGUCUCUUACAAAGAGAAGCGUCUUCUCCGUCCAAGGGCCAUCAUCGAUCACAUUCCUCUAGCCUCUACUUUGGUAAAGUUUGGAACUCUUGAGUAUGAUGACCUCUUAAAUUUUGUAAGGGCUGUAAAUGAUGCUCUCAUGAAGCUUCCAGCGUACCGAGAUAGGGGAACAACAUACAUCGAGGAUGAGAUCACGGUUGAAGUGACAGAUGAGUUUCGCGGCAUUGUGGCACGCUCAGGUGAGAUCGAGAAACAAGCUGUGGAGGUCAACAUCCAAACACUGGUGUUCAUCACAGGCAUGCCAGAGUGCGUCUUGGGAAUGAACGACAAGCAGAUUCGAGGAAAUGAAGUUGUCCGGCGCCAGGACAUCAUUCCCAACAAAAGUGAUGAAUGGAUCAAGCUCAUCAAUCCAGAAUUCCACAGCUGUGUCAAUAAGGAACAUUUUAUCAGCACAAGGCAAAUCAAGUUUUGUCCUCUUGACGGGAACAAGUUUCAACUCAUGCGAUACAAAGUCAAGAGCAACAAGAAGGAAUUACCACUUGUUGUCAAAGCAAGGUACAUCAACAAGGGACCUCACUUUGAGCUCAGAUGUGACGCAACAUGCACAGGGUAUGUCAACAAGAAGGAUCCAGAAGCUGUCCCCUGUGAAAAUAUCAUGAUCCGUCUGCCUGUUCCUGACCUGUGGAUGAAGUACCUGCGGAAUGAGACUCCAGUGGGGCCCCUCGGCACCAAGUCGCUGCGUUCUAGCAAGAAGAAGCUGCCCAAGGGCUCCGCCACCUUUGAGCAGUACACGUCUCCCAGGAUUGAAGUGUCUGUUGGAACGGCCAAGUACGAAUACGCUUUCAGGUCUAUAGUAUGGAAGAUAAGCCGGCUGCCUGAAAGAAAUCAAGUUGUUCCAUUCACUGGCAAUGUCCCAUUCACUGGCAAACCCCUUCCUUUCACUGCUAGCAAAGAGAAAACAGGAGCGUACUCCACCCAGACCCUGAUCUGUAGGAUUGACAUGGCCAGUGAGCUCGACAUCCCCACAUCUCUUGGGCCACACUUUGAGGUGGACUUCACCAUGCCCCAGACCACCGCCUCCAAGAGUAUCGUGCGGUCCAUCUCCGUGUCCAACCCGUUAGCUGCGCCGGUAAUCCCUGAGAAGUGGGUGAGGUAUAAGGCACACUACAGCUACAAGGUAGCAAUCGAGAGGGAGGAGGAUCCGGAUCCAUGCCCCAAGACUGGGAAUUCCGACUAUGAUCAUCCAAUAAACAGCCGUCCUGAGCUUUAUGACCCAAAGUCAACACGGCCACCUCCUUGUGCAUAUAGAAGACUUAAGAAUUACGAAUUCCUGUGAGUGAUGGAGCUGUGGUAUGGUGGAAGGUGGUUGUGCUGUGCUGCGAUGGUCAUUACAGUCAACGUACAAACAUGCAGUCCUGACCAGUAACAAACUGACCUACGCACUACUGUACAUCAACGUCAGCAUUCAACUGUGUUCAGGUUUGUAGCUGUGGUCAAGAAACUGUUAUAGAAUGCAUUAAGGAUAACUAUGCUGGCUUUACAUGUUUCAUUCCAUUGAUAUGAGAUGAACAGAAACAGUGUACAUUGUCAGGUGUUUGAUAAUCUUCUCAUGCAAUAUGAAUGUAAUAAUUGUAGCAAUAGUCAAAGUUCCUCACAACACCACCCUAAACAGAGUACUAUGACAUGUUCACAGUGAUUUGACUUUUGAGAUAACUGUUCAGAUACUGUAAUUAAUAAUAUAUGUUGUGAUGGAAUUCAUCCCCCCCAAAAAAAUCAUUUCCAAUAAGUCAGAAGAUACCAGGAAUUACCUUGUCAAUCAUGUGGAAAAGUGACUACAAAGUUCAAAUCACCACAAAAAGGGGUGUUGUGCAGUGCAGGGUGGUACCAUAGAUGAAGUAAUGCAGCACACAAAAUAAAUACAGUCGUAUGUAUGGUGUGUCCGGAAUAUACUCUCAGUGUCAUCAAGGUGAUGUGCAAUGAUAACUUAAUGGUGAGCAGUAGCAGUGCGUGAUGUAGACAUGUAGUCUGCUCAGAAUGCAGAUGUAGUAUAGCUAGGUAGAUCACUUAGUGUAAAUGUUGUCAUCAGCACUCAGGAGCUAGUAGGAGAUUUGUAGAGUGCUGUAGGAAAUUGUAGCUGCCUUAAUUGUGGUUAAGUAUGGAGUUAGGUGACUUUUGUGCAAUAGCAACUGUUUCCCAACAGUAAUGCUUUUAUUUAAAAAGAUAAUAAAUGGAAAUGAAUGUGUAACUUGAACAGAGGUACGUGUACCAUGGCAGUAAUUUUGUAGUAAUUUGCCUUCCAGAUGAUACUGCUGUAUUCUCGAAAUAUUCCGGAAAUUUUCAGUUGCCAUUUUUUAAUGGUUUGGAGUCACUUUGGACAUAUCAAAUCAGCCAGUGGGAGCUGUUUUGUUUAUAUAUUUGCUGCAUGUUGUUUUUAGUGUUCUUUUUUUUUGCUGCUAGAAGUAAACAAGAUUGCAUUUUUGACCAUUUGUUGUCAUUUGAAAAAGAUAUGCCAUGCCAAACACUACCAAGAUGUUAUAUCUGUUUAUAUUUGCAUUAUAUAAUACAAUUUAAAACCUACAUUCAUAUAUUUGAGACCACUUACACUAUUUCCACAGUUGAUGUUUUGAUAAGUAGUUUGAAUAUUGCAUUCCUAACAGAUGAUGUGAUCGGGAAGUGUCCAAGUACUGUAAGCUGUGUUUGCACUAUUUGCAGGUAUCUGCAGUUAUGUUUGUUGUUGACUUCUAUUACAAACUUAAAACACAUUUCUCAGUCACUAUGCUCCUCCAUGGAAGUUUAAAUUUCAGCUACCUCCAUGACUGUAUACAUUUGUAUGUGUACAGCAUGCAUACAAUACUUGUUCAGCUUGAGCGCAAUUUAGACUUAUUACGGGCACCAUCUCAUUUUUGGACCAAAGAUUCAAUAAUAUAGUAUGAAUUGUGAUAGGCUACAAAUGAAGGGCAAGGCUUUUCAUUACCAUGUUUCCUCCAGUCCAGAUUAAUUACGUAAGGAUGUAGAAUACUUCAUUUUUACAGUAAGAGGCUACUCAUACCAUGUGGACUUCAUUGUCGAUUUGAUAUUGAUUAUUGAUGGUCCCAUGUGGUCAUCACAGUUAAGAAGUCACUCUGGAUGUGAAAAUGGCAAUACAUGUGGGUAAUACCAUGUUAUUAUAUAAAGGUAACAUAGCACUUCAUAGAAGAGGCAAAACAGUAAUUUACCUUGGAGAGAUGUUAGCAUGAAAACCAUCAGUCUGUAUUAUUGAAUGUUAUCAUACAUGUAGCUAAACCUAUCAAUGCAACAGGGAUUCAGAUUUUCCAAACUUCUGUAUAUCAGUACUGCUUUUCUCAGGAAUAUUUUCAGACAUGUCACCAUUUACUGGAGUCUCAUGUCCGUAGUGACAUUGUAAGGGUUGUUUUUUUCCAGAGAAAGGCUGUAGUGAUGUGCAAAAAAAUAGCAAGUCUGAAUUCUUAUGUAUUUGAAAAAAAUUAACUUUAAGUUAAAGUAACAACAAGUGCAAUUUCUCAGGACUAAAUGAUAUUUCACAAGAUAACAAAUACAUGCAUGGCAUUACAAGGGUAAUGAAGGUACAUUUGUUUAAGAUGACUCAGAUGAAUACUAGUAUAUUUAUUUAUUCAAGAUUUCUUUUCUUGAAUUUAUAGAGAAGUUCUUCUGAUAGUCGAACCUUCUUUUACUACAUGUUCUCAUUUUUAUACUUUCAGUUCUGUUUUUUUAGUAUUUUCAAUACAGAGGCUUACUUAGGGAGAGGCAGCACAUUUCCAGUCUCACUGGCUGGUAUUAUUUAACCACAACUAUAACAGAAAAGCCAAGAAAGCUUUUGAAGUAGUGUCUUGAAUUCUCAGACAAGGUUGCUAAAGGAUUUUUUGUGAUGUGAAGUUGUGUCAAAGUGAUGUUAUGGUAUUGUGAUAAUUUAUUUGUCCUAUUCAUGAUUUAUUUAAGGAAAAAUGAAAUAACUGAUUAUCACAGAUGUACUGGUAAUAUUGUAUAUCAGAAAGGGUUUUGGUUUUGUACAUGUUUAUGAAGUCACCAUAGGUGCAAUGUAUAAGUAAAAUAGAAGUGUGUACAUAGAAGUCUGUAUAGAUGGCACACAGUGUGUGUAAGGUAAUAAUUGUAGCUAAUUAUGCAGCAGUAGUCAGAAUAAAGAGAAUUUUAGAU